UGACCCGUUGCCCGGGCAACGUUUUCUAGGAUCUUGGUGUAGCUGCAACGGGCUGGGCCUAGCUCUGGAGAUCUGCGGGACCGGGACGCGGGGAUAUGGCCGUGUCCACCCGUGGCCAGUCCUUAUCGGAGGCCUUGUCAGAGGCCGACAAGAACUCAGGCGAGCCCGAGAACACCUAUAUCCUGAGGCCCAUUUUCCAGCAAAGGUUUAGACCUUCUGUGGUUAAAAACUGCAUUCACGCCGUGCUCAAGGAGGAACUGACAGGUGCUGAGUACUCUCCAGAUGAAAUGCCUCAUCUCACAAAACGCCUGUCAGAAAUCAUUAAAGAUAAACUAAAAGAUUUGGGAUAUGACCGGUAUAAAAUGGUGGUGCAAGUAGUGAUUGGCGAGCAGAGGGGUGAAGGAGUAUUCAUGGCUGCUCGAUGCUUCUGGGAUGCGGACACUGACAACUACACUCACGAUGUUUUCAUGAACGACAGCUUAUUCUGUGUUGUAGCAGCAUUUGGUGGUUUCUAUUACUGAAUCUUUGGAAAGAGUGAGUGUGACUUUGAAGAAUCCUCAACUUUUUUAUAUUGUUAAAUACCCUGACCAAAUAAAAAUAAGUUGGCACUUUGUUACCUAAGACCUGUUAUUUUAGGCUUUAUAUGUUUAAUGGUUCGAUUUUAAUAAUUCAUUUUAAUAUUUCAGACAACUAGAUAUUUGGGUGCAUUUUAUUCAUUGUUCUUUAUACGAUGUAAAAGAAAACACAUAUAA